AUGGAUCUUUCCAAAGGUGACUGGCAGGUGCCCUUGGACCCGGAGGCCAGGGGGAAGUCGGCCUUCACCACCCCAAUCGGGCUCUUUGAGUGCCUGGUCCUGCCUUUCGGCCUCAAGGGGGCACCUGGCACCUCCCAGCGCCUGGGGGAUCAGUUGCUCAGGGGGACGGAGGACUUUGCUCUGGCGUAUAGUGACGAUAUCUGUGUCUUUACCCAGACCUGGGAGGACCAUGGGUCCCCGGUGAAGAGGGGGCUGGGUCGCCUCCAGGGUGCAGGACUGACCAUAAAAGCUGGAAAGUGCGAGGUGGGGAUGGCCGAGGGGUCAUACCUGGGCCACAUGGUGGGGGGGCGGCCACCCGAAGCCGGAGGCGAUCCAGGCCUGGCCGCUCCCCAGACUAAGGAGCAGGGCCAGGCUGUCACUGGGAUGGCGGGCUUCGCCUUCCCCGACUGGGCCUACAAGCCCGAGUCGAGCCCCGGCUCGCGGCAGAUCCAGCUGUGGCACUUCAUCCUGGAGCUGCUGCAGAAGGAGGAAUAUCAGGGCGUGAUCGCCUGGCAGGGCGACUACGGCGAGUUCGUCAUCAAGGACCCCGACGAGGUGGCGCGGCUGUGGGGCAUCCGCAAGUGCAAGCCCCACAUGAACUACGACAAGCUGAGCCGGGCGCUGAGGUAUUACUACAACAAGCGGAUCCUGCACAAGACGAAGGGGAAACGCUUCACCUACAAGUUCAACUUCAGCAAGGUGGUGCUGGUGAACUACCCGCUGCUGGAGCUGGGCGCCGCCCCCUGCCUGCUGGCCCCCUGCCCCGGGGGGGCGCACGGCCCCGAGACCCUGCAGUCCCUCUUCUCCAGCCCCCGCCUGGGGGACCCCCCCGGACGCGGCCCCCUCUUCGAGCGCCAGGCCGAGAGCGAGAAGCUGCGGCUGGACUCAGCCCUCCCCUUCCUGGGCUCAGGUGUCUCCAGCUAUUCGAAGCCCCCCUUGCUGGCCCCCUACGGCAGGACGCCCCCCUUCACCGAGUACCCCUGGAAUUUUAACCCCUACCUCUCCAGCGCCUUCCCCCUCAGCAGCUCCAAGCUCCCCGCCUCCCUCUACUCCCCCCAUUUCUACCCCAACCCUCUGGCCCAGCUCCCAACCCCCGUCUCCCUGCUGGCAGGGGAGGGGGCCGAGAGGGGGCCCCUGGGCCCAGCGGCCAUGCCCCGUCUGUGCCUGCCCCCCCACGGUGCAGCCCUGCCCCUGAGGGGCGAGGGCCACGGGCCGGGGGGGCGGGAGAGGGAGGCGCUGGGGGACCGGGGGGCGAGCCCCCCGGGGGGCCCCAAGGAGGAUCCAGGCUCCGACUCGGAGCUGGAGAUCACGGAUCUGAGCGAGUGCAGCUCGGAGAACGAGUCGGGCCCCGAGAGCCCGGAGCUGAAACUGGGAGCUCUGGAGGGGGCGCCAGGGGCCGCCGGGGGCCGAGCCAAGGAGGGGAAGAACCCCAAGGGGACCUGAGCACCGGACCCCCCAGCACAGGGCAGCUGCAGCCAGAGCCCCCGGGGUCGGCCAGCGAGGCCCGGAUGCGCCCUGCUCUAUUUUUAUAGGAAAGUUUUAUUCAGAGAACGUGCUGGAUCUGACCCAAAUCGGGCCCUGAUCCGCCCAACCCAGAACCCCCCCCAUGGAGUGUUGGACACCCCCCAGUGCACCUCGGCCCCUCCCCCAAUCCAUGGUGGGUCCUGGGGGGUGGCACCACAACCCCCACUUCUGUCAACGCCCCUCACUCCCGACCCGCAGCCCCUGCAAACCCAGACCUGCCCCCCACAGCUCCGCCGGUGCCCCUCACUCCCGACCUGCAGCCCCUGCUAGCCCAAACCUG